GCCGCGGCGAUGGAGGUGUCGAAUCUACAAGAUCUCCUGAGCGAACCGUCCAAGAAGCAUAUCAUCGACAGUGUCGAUGCAUUGGGCCUUGGAUCCGCAGAGGCGCAGCACCUGAAAACGCCACUGACGGCCGUCACACAUGUUCUCGAGCAGAAGCAUUCGCUGUUCAUCGCACACGACGACACAACUGCAUGGGGAAUCCUUAAAGUCGGUCGAAAGCAUCUCUUCUACUUGACACCCCGCGGUGACUUCAUGGAAUUGGACCCAUUGUGCGUCCUGGAUUUUUUUGUUCACCCUCAGCGCCAGCGCCACGGUUUAGGACUGCACCUGUUCAAGUCCAUGCUCGAGAGGGAAUCGAUCGCACCGCAUCAACUUGCAUACGACCGACCCUCCCCGAAGCUCUUUUCGUUCAUGCGCAAACACUUUGGCCUCGAUACUUUCGUUGACCAGCCCAAUCGGUUCGUCAUUUACGAUGCGUACUUUUCUUAAGGAAAAUGCACGCGGCAGCUUGUCCA